AUGGUAUCACCAAUUAGGGCUGUGCCUAAUGCCGCCAAGCGGGCAACCAGCCUCCUCCGUACAAUUCAAUAUACGCAUCCUCCUUCAUGCCCAUGUCACUCAAAUCCCGGAUAUCAUCAGCAAAACCCAUCAUCAAACCUCCUUUCUCAUGUGCAGUCACAAGGGCGUCGCUUCGCCUCACCGGCCGCGGCAGAGCAAAAGGAGUAUGCCUUUGAGAUGGCUGCUUCAUCAAUUCGCUUUGGCCCCGGCGUCACCAAGGAGGUGGGCAUGGAUUUCAAGAAUCUGGGUGCAAAGAAGGUCGCCGUGGUCACAGACCCUACCGUGGAUAAGCUGGACGCCAUGAAGCAGGUCCGAGAAGGCCUCACAAGAGAAGGAAUCGAAUUCGAGGUGUUCAAAAAUGUCCGAAUUGAACCCAAGGAUAGCUCCAUCAAGGAGGCCAUCGCAUGGACUCGGCCGUACCAACCUGAUGCCUUUUUGGCAGUUGGUGGCGGCUCCGUCAUGGACACAGCCAAACUUAUGAAUCUUUACAACGCAUAUCCGGAGGCAGAUUUCCUCGACUUCGUGAACGCUCCCUUGGGAAAGGGGCGCCCAAUUGAUAGGAAAUUACUGCCGCUCAUUGCAGUCCCGACCACGGCAGGAACAGGCAGUGAGACAACCGGCACAGCAAUCUUUGAUUUAGUAUCGAAGAAAGCAAAGACAGGUGUUGCGCAUAGAAAUUUGAAACCGACUCUUGGUAUUUGUGAUCCUCUCAAUACCAGAACCAUGCCCUCGGCUGUCAAGGCAGCCUCUGGUCUUGAUGUCUUGUGUCACUCUUUAGAAUCCUGGACGGCGAUUCCCUACUACGAGCGGACACCCAGACCGACAAACCCUCUCAACCGUCCCGCUUACCAAGGUGCAAACCCCAUCUCAGACGUGUUCUCGUUUCAUGCCCUCAAGGCUACUAUCAAAUAUCUCCCACGCGCUGUCCGUGACCCCGAUGAUUUCGAAGCCCAGAGCGAGAUGCUUCUUGCCGCAACUCUUGCCGGUGUCGGCUUUGGAAAUGCGGGAGUUCACCUAUGCCACGGCAUGUCUUACCCCAUUUCUGGACAGAACCCAGGAUACAGGCAUGCAGGAUACGAUGUUCCCAGCCCGCUGAUCCCCCAUGGUGUCUCUGUCGCGGUAUCGGCCCCGGCUGUGUUCCGAUUCACGGCUGCUUCCAACCCUGACCGCCAUCUGGCUGCUGCCGAGGCUUUUGGAGUGGAUAUUUCAAACGUCAAGCGUGAGAGCGCCGGUGAGGUCUUGGCAGAAGCCAUCACCAAGUUCCUCGCUGAACUCGGCGACCAGCCCAGUGGACUGUCAGAUCUCGGUUUUGGAUCGGGCGACAUCGAAUCUCUCGUAGAGGGAACGAUCCCCCAAGCGCGAGUUUUGAUGCUGGCACCUGGAUUGUCCAAGGAGUUGGAAGCCGAGAAAGACCAGCUCAGGAAAUUAUUUGAGAGUGCGCUGAAGCAUUAG